AUGACGGUACGACGAGGGGAUAAAGUGCCCAUCAGCAUUCAAGAGCACAUGGCUAUCAAUGUGUGCCCAGGACCCAUCCGGCCCAUCCAGCAGAUCUCAGACUACUUCCCCCGAUACACACCUUGGCCAGAGGGCACCCCUUCCCCCACAGGCCACCCCAAAAGCCUUUCACCCCUGGACAUACCACCUCGUGGAGCAGAGCCAGGGGAUGAUUCUACAGAAUUGGACAACUAUGACUCAGACGAUGACACUGCACUGGGAACCCUAGAAUUUGACCUUCUUUACGACCAAGAAAAUUGUAUCCUACAGUGCAGCAUCCUAAAAGCAAAGGGUUUAAAGCCAAUGGAUUUCAAUGGUUUGGCAGAUCCUUAUGUGAAGAUCCAUCUUCUCCCCGGAGCCUGCAAGGCUAAUAAACUCAAGACACGUACAGUAAGGAACAGUCUGAACCCAACAUGGAAUGAGAGUCUGACCUACUGUGGGAUUACACAGGAGGACAUAGGCAAAAAGAUACUGCGGAUCUCUGUGUGCGACGAGGACAAGUUGAGUCACAACGAGUUCAUCGGAGAAACUAGAGUUCCACUUCGUCGGCUAAAACCUGGGGAAAGAAAACACUUCAACUUGUGUCUGGAACGACAAAUCCCACUUGCAUCACCCUCCUCCAUGACUGCAGCUCUCCGGGGCAUCUCGUGUUACCUAAAAGAGCUGGAGCGCUGUCAGGAGUGGGAGCUGGAAGAGAGGGGACGGAUCCUGUUGUCCCUAAAGUAUAGUACAGAGAGUGGUGGGCUUGUGGUUGGGAUUGUACGCUGUGCCCACCUAGCAGCCAUGGAUGUUAAUGGAUAUUCUGAUCCCUACGUUAAAACAUACCUGAAGCCGGAUGUUGAAAAAAAGUCCAAACACAAAACAGCUGUAAAAAAGAAAACUUUGAAUCCAGAUUUUAAUGAGGAGUUCUUCUAUAAGAUUGCUCACCAUGAGCUGCAGCAGAGGAGCCUGGAGGUAACAGUGUGGGAUUAUGACCUUGGCAAAUCCAACGAUUUUAUAGGAGGCGUCACCUUCGGUAUGGCUGCCAAAGGGGAAUGUUUGAAGCAUUGGAUGGAAUGCCUUGCCUCCAUUAAUCAGAGGAUAGAACACUGGCACACGCUGACCAAUGAGCUUCCAGGAUCCAACUACACUGAAUAAGGAAUGAAGCGUUCUGAUUGGAAGAAACAGCAAAGGACCAAUAAGAGGACUCACAUGCACAAAAUCUGACACACACAUUAUACAAAACGUUUCUGCCUCAGCUGUGAAAACUCCAAUUUAUGCACUCUUUAAAGAUGUCUGUCCCUGGGCCCUUCAUGGCUUGUACGAAGCCACAAUACUGUUAGUUAGCUUGUGCUGCAGUGAGACACGCAUC